GUCGGCGCCCUCCCUGCCAGGUGCUGCCUGCAGCCCGGCCUCGGUGCCGCCCUCGGCGCGGGAGGCCGCCCUGCCGCCGACGCCGCCUGCGCCGCCGCCCGCGGGCACGCAGUGGCCGCAGCAUGGGCACGCACCCGCCCCGGACUCGUCGGAGACGCUGCCACCGCCGCCAGCGCAUCCAGGCCCACACACGCAAGGGCAGGGCUGGCCCAUGCAGCCGCCGGAGCAGGGCCCAGCGGUGGAGACGGUGUGGCAGGGCAAGCCCAUGCCGCCAACGUCGCAAGGCCCAGAGAUCCACACGCAGUGGCCGGGCCCGCCUCUGCCGCCUCCAGCACAGGGACCUGUGGCGGACACGCAGUGGCAGAACAACCCCAUGCCGCCACGCUCAUUGAAGAGUCCUGCAGUGGGUACACAGUGGCAGGGCACGCCUUUGCCGCCGCCGCAAGCUCAAACGGUGGAUACUCAGUGGCAGGGCCCUGCUUUGCCACCUCCAGCAAAGGCAGCUUCGGUGGACACGCAGUGGCAGAGCCAGCCUAUGCCGCCACCACCAAUACUGAAUCCUGCCGUGUCCACGCAGUGGCAGGGCACGCCUUUGCCGCCGGCGCAAGCUCCGGCGGUGGAGACCCAGUGGCAGGGCCCGCCCCUGCCGCCUCCAGCGCAGGCAGCUCCAGUGGACACGCAGUGGCAGAGCCAGCCCAUGCCGCCACCACCAUUGUUGAAUCCUGCAGGGGAUACACAGUGGCAGGGCCCGCCCUUGCCGCCUCCAGCACAGGCGCCCACUGUGAAUACUCAGUGGCAGAGCUACGUGCCAGGACAAGCAAAAGGUGUCCCGAUGGAGACACACCAGUCGCAGCAAACCUCAUAUCGAGCAGUACCUGGAACAGCCAUGCCUGCGCCGAUCGCGUCUCACGAGACCGAUCCCCCGCUGCCGUGCCUGGAGCAGCGAUUGGCUGCUCUAGAGCAGCAGUACCCGAGUGCAGGAUGGAUCGGCAGCCGCAGCUCCGAGGCCGCACCGGGUGUGGUCUCCGGCUGCCGUGGCGGCCGCGGAGGCGGUGCUCGCCGCGGAGGCCGUGCAGGCCGCGGCCAACAGGGCCGCGCAGCGGUGGUCUCCGCGGGCCACCGCGGCGGCGGAGGCCGUGGCGGCGGCGGAGCUGGCCGAGCGCAGGGCCGCGGACGAGCAGCUGCGAGACUGGACUCCCUUCGUGGAGCCUCCGCAGCACGGCGGGCCCUUCGGCGAUCGAUUCUGCACCGACCCCAUUCAUGGAUGCUACGUUGAGGAGUGCUUUGUCGACAAGGAGAGGGUCCGCCAUCGCGAGGUGGACAUUGUUCAUCGCAGGAGGGUCGUGGAGGAGGACUUGCCUUUCAUUGCAUGGCUCGCCGGGAUCAGCAAGAGCACGGUCGCUGCCCAGGGCGAUGUGAUCCGCAAUCGCGCAUGGAGGGAGCUCUACGAGCUGAGGCAGGUAGAGGCGCACCAGUGGACAGUUGGAGCACAGUAAAGCCAGCGGUCGCAGAGAUGAUGGCCCGCGCGCGUGGUGGAGUGGCAGGCGUGUUUUUUCAUCAGGGGCAACCUUAUUCCCCCAUCUCACCUCAUCGGGAAUGUCGCAGUUAGGUCGUUGGAAACUGGUCCACGACAAGGUUCCGUUUGGACGCGGAACUUCCAUCUUGUUCCGUUGUUUGCUCAGUCUGGAGCAUGCCACCGCGAUGAAUUGUCUUAUGCAGCUCUAUCUUGCGCGCUGCAGUGAAUUGUCUAGUGCAACUCCACCUGGCUUGCUGCAGUGUUCUGAAGCCCACUUGCGCACUCCCAAUUCGGAGUCCAACUGCUCUGCGGCGCCCGACAUGCAUCUCCUCGAUAUGUGGCCACUGUGCCCGUACACGCCCUAGCCCAGCUUCUUUCUGAGAAGCAUUGCCGCGUUGAUCGCAAAGGGUGAUGCCAACA